CUAUGUAGCAGAAGAUGGUCUUGGACUUCACAUCCUCUUACCUCCACCCCCAGCUGCUACAAUUACAGCCAGCAAACCUGCCUGUCAAGCACUAGUGACAAAGCAGAGGAGAGGAGCAUUAUUGAAAAAGUUCUCAGCAGCAUACCUGAUUCUGAUGCUUCCCGAGGCUCUUCUAAGCCAGACAUUCUGCAGUAUGUGUUCUUAUGCAUUCUGUUUAACCUCAGAUCCUUCCACACAAAGAAAACAUUCUGAAGAACCAAUCGGGACUUCUGUAAGUCAACUGCAAGCACCAUCCACAUCUUAACCACCAGCGGGGGAAAAAAAUGAAGCAUAUUAUCAAUUCAUACGAACAUACCAAUGACACUGCAAGAAAUAACUCUGAUUGUCCUGAUGUAGUUUUGCCAGAAGAGAUAUUUUUCACAAUCGCCAUCAUUGGAGUUUUGGAGAACCUGAUCGUCCUCCUGGCUGUGAUCAAAAAUAAAAAUCUCCAGUCCCCCAUGUAUUUUUUCAUCUGCAGUUUGGCCAUUUCUGACAUGUUGGGCAGUCUGUAUAAGAUCUUGGAAAACAUCCUGAUCACGUUCAGAAACCUGGGUUAUCUCAAGCCUCGUGGCAGUUUUGAAAGCACAGCAGAUGACAUCAUUGAUUGCAUGUUCGUCCUCUCUUUGCUAGGAUCUAUCUUCAGCCUGUCUGUGAUUGCAGCUGACCGCUACAUCACCAUCUUCCAUGCCCUGCAAUACCACAGCAUUGUGACCAUGCGCCGCACCAUCAUCACCCUAAUGAUUAUCUGGAUGUUCUGUACGGGGAGCGGCAUCACCAUGGUGAUCUUCUCCCACCACAUUCCCACGGUGCUCACCUUCACAUCGCUGUUCCCUUUGAUGCUGGUUUUUAUCCUGUGUCUCUACAUACACAUGUUCUUACUUGCCCGCUCCCACUCUAGGAAGAUCUCUACCCUUCCUAGAACCAACAUGAAGGGUGCCAUGACAUUAACCAUCCUUCUUGGAGUCUUCAUCUUCUGUUGGGCCCCCUUUGUGCUCCAUGUUCUCUUAAUGACCUUCUGCCCAAAUAACCCUUACUGUGUUUGCUACAUGUCCCUCUUCCAGGUCAAUGGCAUGUUGAUCAUGUGCAACGCUGUGAUUGACCCCUUUAUAUAUGCCUUCCGGAGCCCGGAGCUCAGAGAUGCAUUCAAAAAGAUGCUCUUCUGCAACAGGUAUUAACAGAAUUUUUGAUUCCCUGCUUUGAGUGUUGUAAAGGAACCAAAUAACCCAACAGCCUGAUGUGUACCAAUGAUUCUUCAAUGUUUCCUUCUCUAACAGAUAGGGAUGUAACUGCCUUUCUUAUUAACUGUCUUACUGUACCUGCAUUUUUAUAUUGUAUCUAGAGAGAUGAAAUGAUGUGCUAAAAAGGACAGUUUACAAAGUACACAUAGUAUACAAAUGUGAGGACUCUGGGUUAAACAAAUAUUUGUGCUUCUGUGGGUACCUGGCAAAACCGUCAUAGGAGGCCUUUCCAAGCAGGAAGCCAUGGUAACCAAUUCUGUAGAAGUUAAAGUACUUUUUAAACGUCUAACUAACUGGAUGUGUUCAGGUCAGAUUUCUAUGUAUGUAGCCAAUACAUGAAAUCAAUCAACUUUGAAAGAGGAAAUGUUUAUUUUGGUGCAUCAGUUGUUGAGGUUUAGAUGCAUGGCACCUGGCUGUUGCUUUGAGCCUGUGGUGAAACCGUACAUCAUUGUGGGACCAUAUAGUAAAAUGACUCGUGGUAGCCAGAAAUCCAUGUCAAAAAGAAAAGGACAGGUGUCCUAUAGUCUUCUUUGAUGGUAAAGCCUCAAUGAACUAAGAUUUCCCACCAGACCCCAUUCUGGUAGGAGCACACUAAAGACCAAGUCUUUAAGAUGCAGGGAUCACUUAGCCAAACCACUCAGAGUACAAACUGUGGUGUAUGUGUAAGACAAAGAUGCUAAUUAACUGUCACAGCUACGGAGCCCAUCUCUCCUGUAGCCAGCUUUGUGUUCCCAAGAAGAAGUGAAUCUUCACUGUGAGUCUUCUUUACUCAGUCAGGAUCCCUCUUAGUCCUAAAGUCUUUUCCUUCUUCAGUUUCCUCAAGGUUUAGAAGCAAAAAAGUAAAAAAAGUAAAAAAAAAAAAAAUUUAAAUUAAACUAAAAAGAUGAAAUCCAAUUUUAACCUGUUUGAGUCCUAUUCAGGAAUAUAUAAAGCCUACUUACUAUAUUAGAAGAAGGCACAGCCAAACUACUGUAUUAGACUAUGUUAGACAGCCAGACUUGGUUCUUCUGUCCAAAUGUGUAAGUAAUGCCCCCCAAAUGUAUUUCAUAGCAAAAGAAUAGAACGGGAGAAGAAUGUAUAGAGGUAGAAAUGGAGGAAAGGGAAGAG